AUGGUGUCCGUAGCAGAUCUUCUUAACCCGGAGCCUCCCCAGGCUCCGUUGCCAACGUUUCGCCCUCCUCCUGUUUCACCAGCUCAGCGGAUUGUAGCCUUUCGAAGCCAACCAACUUCAGUCAGGUCCUCGAUCGAGACGCUCAGAAUGAUCGAAGACACCCAGGACACCCCUCGGUGCAAGACUGGGGCCGCCAUGAAUUUCCCACCCUUUGAAGUCCUGGACGAGCACUCCCUCCGCGAGAUUCGCAGGUUCCAAGUGCACCCCUUUGGCUCCAUCCAGGAGACCGGCGAGCGGAUACCCUACAACAGUGUCUUCCACUACGACUUCAAACUCCCCGAUGGCGACGGCGAGACCAGCUACACAGUCAUGUGGGAUUACAACACCGCACCCGCGAAAAUGCUCAACCUCAACCCGGGCCUCAAAGACAUCACUUACAGCAUUACCGGUGGUUCCAUAAAAGCCCAAGGUUACUGGAUGCCAUAUUCCUGCGCCAAAGCCGUCUGCGCGACAUUUUGCCACGAGAUCGCCGGCGCUCUCAUCCCGCUCUUCGGCCCGAACUUCCCCUUCGAAUGCAUUCCAAAGAAAUCCCACGGCUACGGCCGCAUGUCAAUCAGCCCAGAGAUUGUGGAACGGGCGAGGAACGAUGCCAUUGCGCUGUUUAAGCCGGCCGCGGCCCUCCCUAGCCCGCGGCCAUCCCGCAGCGUCAGCCCCCUGCCCUCCCGGCGCUCGACACGAACUACUGAGCCCUACGACUAUCAUUCAGAUUACGACCGGCGCCCUCUCCCGAGCCCAUAUACCGAUACAGAUGUUGACUGCCACCGAAUGUCGGAACGCCACGGCCAUCGAGUGCUAGCUAUGGCGCCUCCAUGUAUCUCAGAGCCAAGGCCUCCAAUGGACUCAGCGGCGGUGCCCACACCGCAGAGUUCCCCGGCGUGGACAGCCGUGAACCGGCCGCCGCCCCAAACCUCCACCAUAUAUCACGACCGCGGUAUCUCUCACCUCCACGAGGAGCUCCUCAAUCUGAACGUCACAGCGACCGCCAACCCCUGGCUCUCCGCCGUCCCCCGGUCUCCGAUCCUGGGUGCCGCAAGCAACACAAGCAACUGGCAGUCACACCAGCCUCGCUCCCACUACCCAAACCAUUACCAACAUACACGUGACACUCCGCCGCCGCUGGCCUCCACGUCCCUACUAGAGCAGGGAAUCACCCUUGCCCCACUCCGCCUCAAGCGCCGCUACAGCAAGGUCGAUGGCGUCCCCGACACCCACCACGACCCCCAACCCCACCACCACCACCAUCACCACAACAACGACCCCCAUCUCAUCCACAACGACUACAACCUCGGCACCACCUCAGAAGACGACGGCGAAUAUGAGAUCGACUACGAUGCCAGCCCCAGCCACGUCAGCAGCGCCACCACCAGCGCCAGCGCCAGCCCACAAUCCGUGGCAGCGCCGCCUCCGACUCCCAACCCCACACACAUUCCCAGCAACCAGUGGGCGGAGAAAGAAAUGGCACCGCCCCUUCCUCUCCAUUCCCUUGGCACUCCUCCCAACCAAGACCACGGCCACUGGCACCGCCAUGUUCUACCAGCCCGAGCGUCGGCGGCGCUCCCGACAACGAGGAGGAAGGGGAGGGGCGCUGUUGCUUCUGCUCCUGCUUCUGCUGCUGCCGCUGCUGCUGCUGCUGCUGAGCGGCACGCCAUCGGAGGCGGGAUUGCGGCGCUGAUGCUGAUGCAGAUGCAUAUGCAUAUGCCCAGCCAGGGUGCUGUGGAUGAGGAGAAUCGCGGGAAUCUGGUUGGGGGUGUGGAUGUGGAUGAGGAGGGUGUUGGGGGCGGUAGGGGCGCCGGUGCUGUUUCCGCGCGGUCAUCCAAGCUGGGCUCCGACACCUGCUGCUGCCCCAGUCGCUAA